AUGGUCGAGCCAGAGAUCGCGCACCCGCCCGUCGGCACAGACGAGUACGAUGCCUGGGCCGCGCAGGACAAGGGACCCAUCAUCCUCGCCACGUGCUGGCUGUUUAUGGCCCUGGCGCUCGUCUUCACGGCCGCGCGAGUUCUCGUGCGGCUCAAAAUGUACAGCAAGCUUCGGAGCGACGACUACUGGUGUAUAGCGGGUACGAUAUGCGGCAUUCUCGCAACAGCAUUGACCACCGUCGCCGUGGGGUUUGGUAAUGGACGACACUUGACCCUCCUCACGUCGUCGGAGAAGGAGCGCGUCACCCUCUGGACGACAGCCGCCUUCUGCCCUGCCGUCCUCUGCCUCGGGCUCCCCAAGCUGGCCGUCGUCCGCCUGCUCACCAGACUCAUGAACCCGUCCAGGUGGCACGGCUACUUCCUCUGGUUCCUGGCCAUCUGGUGUCUCGGCACCCUGGGCGCCACCGUGGGCACGCUGCUCGGGCAGUGCCAGCCGACCGAGUCCUUGUGGAGGCAGGAUAUCGAGGGCCGCUGCGUCGACCCAAAGAUCAUUGUCGACUUCUCCCUCUACGCGGGUACCUUCUCCGCCUUUGUCGACGUCUACCUCGCCGUCUACCCGGCCGUCGUCCUCUUCAAGCUCCAGCUCAAGCUGCAGAAGAAGAUUGCCCUCGUCGUCGCCCUCGGCAUCGGCUGCGUGUCCGGCGCCGUGGCCAUCUUCAAGACCACGCGCAUACCGAGCGGCCUCGCGAGUCCCGACUUUUCGUACGACUCGUCAGAUCUCAUCAUCUGGACCAUUAUCGAGGGCACCACCAUCAUCAUCGCCUGCACCAUCCCCGUCCUCUCCCCGCUCAUGGAGUGGAUCUUCCAUCGCAACCCCUUCCGCACCUCGGUGAGGCGCACCACCAGGGACGGGUAUUUCAAGUCCAACCCCAGCAAGCGUCGCGAUCUGGACGCCUCCGCGGCCUGCCGUACCUAUACCUCCGUGCACUCCCAAGGGGUGGGCGAUCCCACGGUCGACUCGGACAGCCUCGAGCUUGUGCCGCGCAUCAGAAAGAGGGACGGCAGCACCUUGUCGGCCACGGGCGACGUCGAAGCGGGCGACAUUGGCAGCAUGCGGAAUUUCUCCAGGCCGGCCAAAGGCAUCGCCUCGAUGGACAAGGGGAUUAUGCGGACAGACGAGGUCGAGGUGUCGUACGACUCGCAGAGUACACUGGAUACUACCCGGCAGGGCGUGCCGCAAGGGGGAGCAUUGGGCGUGUGA